AUGUCAAAAUCUUCAGUUAAAGAUAUACCACUCUAUAUUUCAAUUGAUUUACCAGAUUUUAGAAAGAGAUUUAUAAUUACCUAUGAAAAUGUAUAUUCAAAAUCAAUUCCGAUCAAAAAGGAGUUGAUUCGUAUCAAGACAAAGGAUGGACGUCGUCUUACCAGUUUAAAUUCUACCUACAACAAUCAGUUGUUGGAUGUCACUAUCAGUACAAUGUCAAAGGGUGGUGAUCAAGACGAUGAUUCACCGACCUACUCACUCAGACACUCCUCAAAUCACGAACCACUACCAUCGCAAGCUAAAAACAACGAUCCAACCUAUGUUUCCGACAGUGUUUUUCUCGCACAUUGCCGUGAGCUCCAAGCUACGCUCGGCAAAUCGCAAGUAAUCGUAAGCGAGUCACUGCCAUAUUGUGUGCACGUACACCUUGGAAACAACAACGCUUUACGCAGUUCCAGUGUUUCAUUGUACUUGCUCGACCACCCAGAGUACAAAGAGGUUGGACUCACCUCGAAAUCUAUCAUUCUUCGUGCCAAUGAAGAUUCUCUCCAGGAUAUCGUUCGUGUCGAACUGGUAAAUCAUCCAUCGAGCGAUAUGAUCACACUGGUCAACUCUGUUGUCAGAGUCUACAAUCAAUACAUCCAAACACAAAUCACAACAGAUCCACAACUUCCAAAAGAAGUACAAGAGAUUUUCCCACUUAAUUUCAAAGAAUUACCAACUAUUUCACCUGUAUCAUUUUAUAAUCAAUUGAAUGAAUUAAUUAUUCAAGUUUCAAAAGAUUAUCAAGUUCCAGCUUCGGUUGCUAUGAAUUUCCUCUUCAAAUAUAAAUUCAAUAUCAAGGGUAUGAGGAAAUCGUUGACCAACAUCGACUCUUAUGGAUGUGCCAACAUUGAGAAACAUAGAUUUUUAAAUAUUUCAGGUGGUGAAUGCUCUAUUUGCUAUUGUGAUAUCGAUGAACCGAUCGAGUUUUUCUGUGGACAUCGUUUCUGUCGUGGUUGUAUCUCCGAGUAUCUGAUUGCUUCCAUUAACGAUGGUAACGGUAUUGUCUCACCGAUUCGUUGUUGUGCCACCGGUUGUCCUGUGAUGAUCGAUCAAGUCACCAUUGCAUCGUUGAUUCCCGAUCGUAAUGCCGACCAUCUCAAACAGAUGUUUAUCAACGACGCAGCUUCGCUCACUCGUUCCAAGUGGUGCACAUCUCGUGGAUGUAAGCGGCUGUUCUAUCCUAAAGGAUUGAAAGACUGCAUUCCAUACUCGCCAUGUCACUGUAAGAAUAUCAUCUGUAUCUACUGCGGUAAGAACGAGCUUCAUUGGCCAUCGCCAUGUGACCAUUCUUUCAUGCAGGAAGACGAUUUCGCCAACUAUUUGUGGAUGGCACAAAACACUACAUUGUGCUUCAACUGCAAGUAUCCCAUUCAACGUAACGAGGGAUGCAAUCAUAUGACUUGCACGAAAUGUCGCUACGAAUUCUGCUAUGAACAAGAGACAAAGAAGGUCGAUUGCAAGCCAGAGUACAGUCGUGUACGUUCACUCAGAUGCUUGGUGCACUUCAACGGUACCAACAAUGAGAUUGGUACUUUCUUCAUUCCAUCGCAAUUCAGCAAACUUCGUGAAUCUAUCCUCACCAGUCUUCAAAAGGCUAAUCAAUUUGAGGGAGUUGCACAAUCUCAGUUGGUUCUCUACAAUCAAUACGGAGGACAAAUUAAACACUCCGAGGAGAUUAUGUAUAACGAGGUUCUAUAUGUUGCACGCGAGAACGAGGAGUUCAAGGAGCCACCUGAAGUCGCCCCAUCUUCUGAAUCACCAGAAACAAUCUUUAACAAGAAAGCUGCUUUGAGAAAGAAGGAAGCAUUGUUGGCCAACAAUGUUGACGAGAAGAAAUUGACUGAAGAUCAAAUCACCGAUAUUGCCAACAGACUUUCAGAGAUGUUGGAUCUCACCAUCGAUGAAUGCUAUGAAAUGGUAAAGAAGACCGGUGCUACCAGCGAAGUCGAUGCUAUCAACUCGGUUCUGACCUAUCAGAUUCACAACCAGAAUACCACUGUUGACGAAGAGAAUGCUCAAGAGAUUCUGACCUAUGAACAAUUGGUCGAGUUGUUCCCAUCGGUCGCCGAAGAUGUUAUCGAGAGAGCAUUGAUCGAAUCAAAGAACGACCUUGAGAAGGCUGCAGACUGGCUCUACGAUUACGAAGACAAGUGGAUGAAGAACAUCUGUAGCAAUCAAGAAGACAAAUCCACUUCACCAAAAGCCAAAUAUAAUACUGAUUAUUUCGAUGAUGAGGACGAUGACAAUGAAUAUGAAGAUGAUCCAGAUUAUAUCUAUGCAAAUUCAAGACUUUCAGAUACUCAAGCAAAGUUGUACGAUUAA